AUGAAGUUCUGGAAGGCCGAAAAGGAUUGUUGUUCCUGGGAUGGUGUUACUUGCGACUUCAAAACCGGACAAGUAGUAGGCCUGGACUUGGCUCACAGCUGGCUUCAAGGACCUUUGCAUCCCAACAGCAGCCUCUUCAAGUUGCGUCAUCUUCAAGAGAUCAACCUUUCCUUCAACAACUUCACUUUCAGCCCAAUCCCCUCCGAGUUUGGCCUCCUUUCGAGGUUAAGGCAUCUCAACCUCUCUUUCUCCAUGUUUUCUGGGAAUAUUCCAUCUCAAAUCUCAUUUCUUACCAAUUUGGUUUCGCUUGAUCUCUCAACUUUUAAGUUUCCUGAUGAUACUAAUCUUUUGUAUCUCUCAAAAAUAGACUUCACAUGCAUUAUCCAAAACAUGACAAAUUUGAAACGACUUCACGUGGGUCAAGUUAACAUUUCAUCACCCAUACCUGAAUCCUUGGCAAAUUUAUCCUCCUUGACAUCUCUCAGUCUUGAUGGUUGCGGUUUACAUGGCAAUUUUCCAGGGAAUAUCUUUCAGCUUCGUAAGCUACAAUUCAUCAAUCUAGCAUGUAACAUUCUUCUCUCUGGAUUUCUUCCUCAUUUUCAAUCUUCUAGUUCUUUGGGGGUCUUGAAUCUUGACUGCACAAAAUUUUCAGGAAAAUUACCCAACUCAAUAGGCUACCUUAAGUCAUUAAAAAGAUUGUCUCUUUGGAAUUGUAAUUUUGUAGGGCCUAUUCCUUCUUCAAUAUGGAACCUUUCCCAGCUUGUGCGUCUUGACCUCUCAUACAACCACUUCACCGGUCAUGAACUUCCAUCCACAUUGGGAAACCUUGCAAAACUUACAGUUCUAGCACUUGAAUCUUGUGAGUUGAGCGGGCAAUUACCCUCUUCUCUUGUAAACCUCACACGACUUGAACGUCUUUUUCUUUCGAGAAAUAGUAUCACUGGUCCAAUCCCAGCUUCUAUUGGAAACCUCAGACAGUUGCAAGUUUUAAAUCUUUCAGACAAUGUUUUUAGUGGUCAAAUUCCUGUAUUGCUUGGAAACCUCUCACUGAAAAUUUUAGAUCUUUCAUAUAACAACUUGGAUGGAGUGAUUCCUUCAUUUUUGUUUAUGUUGUCUUCUUUGAAAUGGUUGAUUCUCCCUAACAAUCAGCUAACAGGCUCCCUUUUUAUGCAAAAUAUCUCCUCUUCUCAAUUGGAGGCUUUGGAUUUGCAGUGUAACAAAUUAAAUGGACAAAUUCCACUGUCGAUGUUCAAAUUGGUAAAUCUGGAAUUUCUAGCGCUUAAAGGCAACAAAUUAAGUGGCACAGUUGAGUUAAGCAACUUCUCAAAACUGGUCAAGCUCAAAUUUCUUUCACUUUCGUAUAAUAGCCUAUCUAUAGCAAACUUGAGUACAACUGAACUUCCAAAGUUUGGAACGUUAUCUUUGUCUUCAUGCAACAUAGGCGAAUUUCCAGAUUUCCUUAAGAGCCAAGAUCAAUUAGAGUCACUAGAUCUAUCUUACAAUGGAAUUGAAGAUCAAAUACCAAAUUGGUUAUGGGGUGCCAAAGGGAACAAGAAAUUGGACUACAUGGACUUGAGUGGCAACAAGUUGCAUGGAUCACUUAUUGUUCCACCAUUGUCCAUAUCCUACUUUUACAUCUCAAACAAUAACUUUGAGGGAGGAAUUCAUCCAUCAUUUCGAAAAUGGAAUAAUCUUAGAGUCCUUGACAUCUCUAAUAACCACUUUGGCGGAAGUGUUCCGAGAUGGUCGUGCAACUUCAGCAGUUAUUUACAGGAGUUGAAUCUGCAGGGGAACAAUUUUGAAGGGAGUCUACACGAGAUGUUUACAUGUGGAAGCAUGCAUAGUUUGAAGCUUCUAGAUCUGAGUCAUAAUCAGUUUGAAGGACAGAUUCCACAAUCCUUGAGUAACUAUAGUAAGUUACAAAUUUUAAAUCUAGGACACAACCAGAUAAGUGGCAUCUUCCCAUUUUGGUUACAAAAUUUGCCAGAGUUGCGAGUCCUGGUGUUACUGUCGAAUAAAUUUUAUGGUCCAAUAUGGCAUCCACAUAAGUUUUGGGGUUUCGUAAAGUUGGGCUUUAUGGAUCUAGCUUUUAAUAACUUUAAUGGAAGUUUACCAUCAGAAUACUUUACAAAUUGGGGUGUCAUGAUGGUUAAAGAUGUUGAUGGAAAGAAGCCAUUCUUCACAUUUUUGGGAGUUUCGUCACCAAAAUAUGGAACUCUGUCGUACCUUAUGGGGGUGAUGAACAAGGGGGUGAAUAUGGAGGGCUAUGAGAUAUCAGUUAUUUUCAAAUCCAUUGACCUCUCUAAUAACAGAUUUGAUGGAGAAAUUCCAAGUAGCAUUGGUAAUCUGCAGGCCUUAAUUUCCCUCAACUUAUCCAGCAACAGUUUCACAGGUCCCAUCCCAUCAUCUAUCGGAAACAUGAGAGAGCUUGAAUCAUUGGAUCUAUCAAACAACAAGUUGUUUGGUAGAAUUCCUCAACAGUUGAAAAAUCUCUCAUUUCCUGAGUAUUUAAACGUCUCCCAGAAUCAGCUCACAGGCCCGAUUCCAGAAGGUGGACAGUUGGAUACAUUUUCAAGUUCAUCUUUCGAGGAAAAUCCAGGAUUAUGUGGUUCCCCAUUUUCAAAGAAAUGUGAAGCCGAGAAGACACCAUCUGCUUUCGAAAGCAAAGAAAUAGAAUCAGAAAAUGGUUUUACUUGGAAAGCAGUAGUAAUGGGAUAUGGAUGUGGAUUUGUGGUUGGAUCUAUCAUCGGAUAUGUCCUCAUCUUUCGACAAGGUCCAACUGGUCUUUUUUGGAGAAGUUUCGUAGGAAGAUAUAUCCACGAACGCUAG